ACGUCACUCAAAAAACAAAAUAUCGCGGCUCUCCUCUCCUCUCCUUCCUUCCUUCUUUCCUUCCUCCAAUCUUUCACAGGUCAUCUCUCUCUCUCUCUCUAAAAUCCCAUCGCAGAUCUUAAUUGAUAGAUCCAUCAAAUAAUCGUAGUUAAUCAGGUUCGGUACUGUGAGGUUGCUUAAAAAUGGGGCUGACAUUUACGAAGCUGUUUAGCAAGCUUUUUGCGAAGAGAGAAAUGAGAAUUCUGAUGGUAGGUCUCGAUGCUGCUGGUAAAACUACCAUUUUAUACAAGCUCAAGCUCGGUGAAAUCGUUACUACCAUCCCUACCAUUGGAUUUAAUGUGGAAACAGUGGAAUAUAAAAACAUCAGUUUCACCGUUUGGGAUGUUGGUGGUCAAGACAAGAUCCGUCCAUUGUGGAGGCACUACUUCCAAAACACUCAGGGUCUUAUUUUUGUGGUUGAUAGCAAUGACAGGGAUCGUGUUGUUGAGGCAAGGGAUGAGUUGCAUAGGAUGUUGAAUGAGGAUGAACUCAGGGAGGCUGUUUUGCUUGUAUUUGCCAACAAACAAGAUCUGCCUAAUGCAAUGAAUGCUGCAGAGAUAACUGACAAGCUUGGCUUGCAUUCUCUCCGCCAACGCCACUGGUACAUUCAGAGCACAUGUGCAACUUCUGGAGAGGGUCUCUAUGAGGGGUUGGAUUGGCUUUCCAAUAAUAUUGCUAGCAAGGCAUGAGCCAUUAAAGAAUUUUGGUUCCUAGCGAUUUGGGAGAGGACGCUUCCCCUUUCUCAGUGUUGUAAUAGCAGAAUGUUUGUCUAGAACUUUAUAUAUUUGGCUUGUAUGGUUGCUACAUUAGCUAAAUACUUUUAGCUGUAAACCAAACUUUCAUGUUUGUUCCAAUGCCUUUUGGGCAUAGCCGCACUUAAUAGUUGUUUUUGAUUGCCUUAUAACUGAUUGGUGUGCAAUGCAAUCUUUCUAU